GGAGCUGUCAAGCCCGCGGCAGCUGAAGCAGCCCCCGAGCGCCCGCGUCUCCUCUCCUUCCUUUGUGUGCGCGCGAGCAGAGUUGGGGCGGAGGGAGAGGGGGAGGUCGCUCUGUCUGUCUGCCUCCCGCCGUCCUCGCCCAGGCUGCCAGAAGUGCGGCCCGGGAGGCGGGAACCCAGGGGAGGGUGCGGGACCCGGCGGGGCGGCUCGGGGCCGCCCGGGCGCCCUGGUCCCCGCCGCGCACGGGGGAGCGCUGACGGCAGUGGGACUCGGUAGGAGCCGACAUCGGUCGGCCCAGCUGCCCCUCGCCCUCCCUCUGUCCCCACCUCUCCCCCGACACCCGGAGAAAAGCGUGCAAAGGCGCGGAGAGGGACGGAAACCACAAAUAAAUAGCGGCGGCAGCAGCGCGUCAUCUGGUGGAGCAGGAAGUGCAGGCUGAGUCCGGAGGCUGGUGCUUUCGCGCGUCCCCAGGACUUUGCCAUGGGCUGGGGGCCGCGGAGGCUGCGAGCGGCCGGGCGAGGGCAGCGGCAGAGGCGCCCGCAGAGGGGCUGAGCGAGCAGAGACGCGCGGGGCGCGCGGAGAUGGCAGCGUCCAGCAACUCCAGCCUGUCCGGCUCCUCGGUGUCCUCCGAUGCUGAAGAAUACCAGCCUCCAAUAUGGAAAUCGUACUUAUAUCAGUUACAGCAAGAGGCACCUCGUCCCAAGAGGAUCAUUUGUCCUCGGGAGGUGGAAAACAGACCAAAAUAUUAUGGAAGAGAGUUCCAUGGGAUAAUCUCUCGGGAGCAGGCUGAUGAGCUCCUCGGAGGCGUGGAGGGCGCCUAUAUCCUCAGAGAAAGCCAGCGGCAGCCAGGGUGCUACACUCUGGCCCUCAGGUUUGGAAACCAGACCUUAAACUAUAGACUCUUCCAUGAUGGAAAACAUUUUGUGGGAGAGAAGAGGUUUGAGUCGAUUCAUGACCUGGUGACAGAUGGCUUGAUAACGCUAUACAUAGAAACAAAAGCUGCCGAAUACAUCUCAAAAAUGACAACCAACCCCAUCUAUGAACACAUCGGAUAUGCCACUCUGCUCAGAGAAAAAGUAUCCAGGAGACUGAGCAGGUCUAAGAACGAAUCAAGAAAAGCGAACGUGACAAAUGAAGAGCACACGCCAGUGGAGAAGAUCUCCUCCCUGGUUCGAAGGGCAGCCCUCACACACAACGACAACCACUUCAACUAUGAGAAGACACACAACUUUAAGGUCCACACAUUUCGAGGCCCACACUGGUGUGAAUACUGUGCCAAUUUCAUGUGGGGACUCAUCGCCCAAGGGGUCCGGUGCUCAGAUUGUGGAUUGAAUGUACACAAACAGUGUUCCAAGCACGUUCCCAAUGACUGCCAACCUGAUCUCAAGCGGAUCAAAAAAGUGUACUGUUGUGACCUUACAACACUCGUGAAGGCACACAACACUCAGAGGCCCAUGGUGGUAGACAUAUGCAUUCGGGAAAUUGAAGCAAGAGGAUUAAAAUCAGAAGGCCUUUACAGAGUCUCUGGGUUCACCGAACACAUUGAAGAUGUCAAAAUGGCAUUUGACAGAGAUGGCGAGAAGGCAGAUAUAUCUGCCAACAUUUAUCCAGACAUAAACAUCAUCACUGGAGCCCUUAAACUGUAUUUCAGAGACUUACCCAUCCCCCUCAUCACAUAUGAUACCUAUUCCAAAUUUAUAGAAGCAGCAAAAAUCUCCAAUCCAGAUGAGAGGCUGGAAGCAGUCCAUGAAGUGUUGCUGCUGCUGCCUCCUGCCCACUAUGAGACCCUCAGAUACCUGAUGAUCCACCUCAAAAAGGUUACUAAGAAUGAAAAGGACAAUUUAAUGAAUGCCGAAAAUCUGGGGAUCGUGUUUGGGCCCACCUUGAUGAGGCCCCCCGAGGACAGCACCCUGACCACCCUCCACGACAUGCGGUACCAAAAGCUCAUUGUGCAGAUCCUAAUCGAAAAUGAAGAUGUUUUGUUUUAAUCCAUCAGGGAAAUGAGCUGAAUUGCCCCAGCCCCAUCUAAGUUGAUAAAGCUAAAGGAAUAAAACAUUUCAUACACUUGAUUUGUUUUGCAAACAAGUGACAGAAUUUCCUGGACCACAGUGGAUUGCCGAGUCAGGUACUGUGUCUCAUAGACACGAGCCUUCUCCACGCGAGAAUGACCAGUGUGAGGGUGAGGAAAACCCCUCACCUUGGGUCUUCUGCCGUGCCUCGUAUGUGUGUCUGUUUUGCUGGAAGAGUGAUUAAUAAAUCUUUCUUUAACUUAUUAAAAAAUAACGUAGACCUUUAAAAGUUCAGUCUUAUCAGUAACAAACAAGAACUUAAUUCAUAAAGGUACUUGAUACAGGUAUACAUUUUCCACUUAUAAAAAGAAGACAAUUUUAUCUGUUAAAUGUUAAAUGAAACCUAUAUUGUAAAAUGUAUUUUUAUUUUACUUGCAAGAAUGUUAUUUUAUUUUAGCAAAUAGAACUCAAUGCAGUGCAUUGAUUAUUACCCUGUGUGCCCUGUCCCACGUUCUUGCUGUGAUGCCCUAAAAAUGUUGACCAUGAAUGCAGUAUUAUCUUGACAUACCUCUGUCCUCAGCAGUGCUUUCCCAUGAAGUUUCACCUGCCCCGUGCAUCCUUGCUUUUGAUAGUUCUUGCUCUUAAGCACCGUCAUUCUGCUCUUGUAUGGUGUGUGUUUAUAGCAAUCAUAGGAUGGUCUGAAACAUCCACAGGUUUGCUUUCAUAAUAAUUUUGUGACUUCCCAAAGUAGCUUUUGUAAUUGGCUGGCGUUGCUCCCUAUCAUUCAUAGCACAGAAUGUGGUGGCUUCACAGAAAAUGAUUUAAGGACACUGGAUGUAUCUGAGCUGUGUAAAAAGUUAGCACUUUUCCUCGUUUCCUUUCAGCCAGGCCCUCUGACUUCAUCUGUUACUGGCAGGUUACUUUUGCCACAUUUCGGUAUUGGUGAACAGCAAAUCUGCGGAACUGUCGAAUUUUUUUUUUCACUUUUGUUUUGUAAACAAGCCUGUUUUAAAAAGUGAGAAUGAAUAAAGUUGGUUUUUACCAAAUAUUCCUCAAUCAAAGUAGCUCUGUAUGGGUAGUAAUUUAAUAUGACUUUCUUACUACAGUUCCAUCCUCUUGAUUAUACGUAUCUUAGCAUGAGCUCUCACACCAAGAUUUCUAUAUUUUGUAACAUAAGUGAAAUAUUUAAAACAUCCAAAACUGUAAAUCUAGAUUUUUUUUUUGAAAUCCAACUGCAAUGUCGUUUCCUGAUUGUCUGAGAUAAUUCACACAAUUGCUCACUGGUCUUGUUUUGAAGUGACCAUAAAAGAAUGGCUGUGUCAAGUGGAGCUGACGGGAGGGGCAGAGUGUGACCACUGUCCUGGACGGUCCCAAGGCCUAUGCCGAUGGACUCCGCUGCACACGGGGGUCAAAACAGCUUGGCCUGGUCUCUGCUCUGAUCCUCCCUCCCAACUGUAUAGAUUUAUUCGUUGUAGCUUCUGUACUUCUUGAUACUGUCAAAAAAUUAUCUGGAAAUGGUUUUAUUUUGUGAAGUGAACAAUACUUUGUAAUUUAUGAUAGUGUAAAUGGAAAGAAAAGCAUUACAUGUAUUAUUAAAUUCUUCUGUCUAUCCUUGUG